GCGCAAUGCCCAAUGAGCGACAAGAUGCGGAAGAGCUGGCCCCUCGGAGGCUCCCAUUUCUGAAGCGUGGGAGGCAAAAAGAGGCGGCAGGUUAUAGAAAUCAGUUUGAGCUCCAGAGGGUCCCACGGGUCAUUAGAGCCAAUAAGAGAGAGAAGCAGAGCCUCGGUGGCGCAGAGGGCCUAUCCCUCUUCUAAUUCCUGAAGGCGGGCAGGGACCAGGGAGUGAAAAGCGCCAUCCCUGCGCUGAGGGGCCCCGGGGACCGGGGCCCAGAGCAUGGCGGACUGGACAGAGACCCUGAGCAUGUGGAGGUGGAGCAGCCGAGGCCGCCUGGCCAGCUGUCAAGUCCUCGUUGCUAGCGCUGCAAAGGCAGCGACUGUAAAUGUAGCCGAGCCGCGCUUGCGGUCCUAGGCGGGAAAAAUGACAGCAUGAGUUCUGCUGCUACCUAGUUUCCUCCUCUUUCUUUUUUUUCUGUGCUUUCCUCUCCACAUUCCCCUUCCUCUUCCUUUUCCCAUCCCUGUGCCCCUUUACCCUGACCCUUGUCCUCCUUUCCCACUUUUAUCCUCUUCCAUUAUGCCCUGCAUUUCCAGUUAUCCUUUAUCAACCCCUGUGCCUCUUUUUCCUUCUCCCACCUUUGUCUCUCCUCCCUCCUCUUUUUCAUCCUGUCACCCUCGCAACACCAGCUCUACAUCCUCCUCCGCCCGCCCCCCACAUCCUUCCUCAUCUGCAUCCUCCUCUCCUACUUUUCUCCGCCCUCGCGCCCAAGCCUCCGCCCAUUAGCCCCCGCCCCCAGCUGCCAGUCCCCAGCAGCUCAGUCCUGCAGUGAGUCCAUAGCAAAGCACCAGGAGCUGAGAGCACUGCCGGCUGUGCUGGCUAGCAAGUCUCCGAAUGGCUCAGGAGAAAAUGGAGCUGGAUUUUGAGGCUGACACAUCUGAGGGGGGCACCCUGAGACGGUCCAACAGUGCUCCCCUGAUCCAUGUGCUCAGUGACCUUUCCCAGGUUUUUGAGCCAUAUCCACUUAGAACUGGGAGGAACAGUGCGACAGUUAUGAGCCAUCAUAGCUUGGUAAGUGUCAAAGAAGAAGGCCUGGAUUUGAUGAACAGAGAAACUGCAAAUGAAAGAGAACCACAAGGAGGAAUGCAGAUAAGCCACUCAUGGGACGAAAGCUUAAGCCUGAGCGAUAGUGAUUUUGACAAGCCAGAGAAAUUAUAUUCUCCAAAGAGAAUUGACUUCACUCCAGUUUCUCCAGCGCCUUCCCCAACCAGAGGAUUUGGAAAGUGCACAUCGCCAUCCUUGCAAAUGUUUGUGGGCAGCAGUGAGGUGCCACCAAGUUCUGUUCCUAAUCCAAGACAUUUUUCAAGCAGGAGGAGUCAGAGCCCAGUCAAGUGCAUUAGGCCCAGCGUUCUUGGUCCUCUUAAGAGAAAAGGGGAAAUGGAGAUAGAAAGCCAGCCUAAGAGACCGUUCCAAGGAGCAACCAACAUGCUGUCUACAGAUGCUACACAAUUGUCUGAUUUCAGUUCAUGUUCAGAUAUUUUGGAUGGCAGUAGUGUCAGCAGUGGCUUGUCCUCAGACUCACUGGCUACAGGCAGCGCUCCCGCAGAGUCUCCAGUAGCAUGCUCCAAUCCAUGCUCUUCGUUCAUCUUGAUGGAUGAUCUCUCACCCAAGUGACUUACCCAUUUCUGAUUGAGUGUUUUAACUGUUUCCCACAUAAAACAUUCAGUGAGGAAUGCGGAGAACUUUGAUCCACAGUGGGGAUUAAAGUUUGGCAGAUUGCAACCAUUCCGAUGAUGCGCCUAUUUCUGGGCAUCUCUCCUCUAAAGUUCAAUUUUGCAAGCAGUCACCUUACUAACAUCUGUUUGGGCUGACCUCAUUUUGCCUUUGAUGACUAAAACUCAAAUACACAUUUUUGAUUGCUUGGAUGACUUUUUUCCCUAGUGCCUCAAAGAGCACCUACUUUCAAACAUUUAAGGGGAACACUAAUGCAUAUUUUCUAUAAUUGUUCAUUUCCCUCACAGUGGCAAAACAGAGUUGAUCAGAAAUUCUCUUGCUUGAGAGAUUGAUAAAAAUUCUGUUGACUACAUACUUUCCCAUCUCUUUAUUUCAUGGUAAUAUUCAAAUUGUUUUUGAUUGCUAUCAAAUUUUCAUUUCUUCUGCAUCAGCUUUAAAGGACAUUGUUUUGUUUCCCUUGCCUGUUUGAGCUGCUUCCUUGCCAUUUCUCACCAUGGGGAAGAAACCCAUAGUCGCUUCCAUCACCACCCAUAUUGCUUCUUUGCUAUUGGAAUGUAUGCAGUGGAGAGUGAUUGUAGAGUGGAGAAUGUGACUAGACUCACAGGAUGCCUGCAUUAGUCACCCCAGGUUCUUAGGACAUUGCUACCACAGUUGUUAUUUCUCUCCCCAAACCUGGUGCCUUAAGGAAUAUGUAAAAUAUUGUUGAUAUUUCUAGGUGGUGUUAUCAAGGAGAAGAAAUUCCUGCCUUGACCAGAUGUGUGGAGCAUCUACAAAUGAACGAAUAGUUAUUUACACAAAGCACUGUACAAAAGCAAGCGUCCAUGAAGCUGUCAGUGUCUUGGGUAGUAUUAUGAGGCCUUAGGUGCCUUGGGGUACGUUGCCGUCAUGUAGGGGACAUGUGUCGUAGGGUCUUGUGGAAAUGGAAGCUUUCUGUAUGUGGCUGCUAUUCUGUUUGCUUUGUUCCCGAUUCCUUAUUGUCCUUGCGUUUGUUCUGUCAUGUGGUGACCUGGUGUUCUGGUUUUGUAUUGUGCUAGAGUCAGAACCCUCUUCUUGUCCUCGUUGCCCUAUAGAGGUCAGUUCGAUAUCUCUAAGGAAGCUUUGAGGAGCUGAAAAGGUCAGUGUGCUCCUGUGCCCUCUGCUUCCAGAAGUUUUGUUGAGCUCUAAGCAGUGUAUAUGCAGUGUGACGUAACAUAUACUCUGUCAUUUUUACAAGAGAAAACUCCUGACUAAAAUAUUUAAGAAAUCCAAGUGUGAUCUAUUGUGGCAUUAUUUAUUAUGUAUUACACUAGAAAUAGUGUAAUAGUGUAAUAGUACAAUGUUUAUGUUGUUAGAUUUCUUUUAAUGUUCAACCUGGUGGGUGGACUAUUUGUUUAAUUUACCCAUUAGAAUCGUGAUAUUAAGUGAAUGUAAGAAACAAACAGAAAUUGUUAAACCUAAGUCUUUUGAAGUCUAAAAUCGUUGGAGGUGGUUUGAUGGUAUUUACAGACUAGAAAUUCGUGUGCUUGAAGCAAAACCUCUAUUCUAAUUAUCACAGAACAUCACUUAGCUUGCUGCAGCUCCAUUAUAGAAUCGGGUUUGUUCUUCUGUUUACAUUGUAAUCACUGUCAUAACAGCUAUUACUGGCUUGAGUUCCCAUGUUACUUUAGCCUGUGAAAAGCUCAGAAUCCUCCAAACCUAACAUAAACGUGCUGUUAUAAGAAUCACUCACUUGUGUGCUAUUUUAAAGAACCGUCUCUUUGAUAGCACUGGUGUAUCCACUCUGUUAAUGAACCAUAUUGAAAGGCUUUUGCCUUCAUAAUGAUAAGAGAUGAGUUUUUCUUUCAGGAGAUUUGUCUGCCUUCACUCUUCUUCUGUUUUAUUUGACUUAAAGGGACACUUUGCAGUUCAAAUUUAGAGUCCAAAUUUAGGCCUGUUAAGAAAUAAUCGUUGAAAUGUGAUGCUAUCUGAAGGUGUGUUUAAAAUUCGAUGGUAAAAGCAGGAGAUUGAAAUCGUCCCAAUGGUGUGGUGAGGCGAAAGAGGCAGAAGGAUUCAGUUUACUGUUUUAGACCAACUCCUUUACUAAUGAUUCUAACUGAGUGUUUUAAAUUCAUUCUUUGCCAUAAGCGUAUCCAGUUCAUUCUGAUCACUCUUGCUCCCUACCCUCCCUCAUCUCUCUCCUACUCAUCAGUCACCACUUCUUUCUACAGAUUCCUUUGCCACACUCUUGUUUUUUCCUUUGUGAACUAACCUUUUGUUAUUGUUGUCUUCUAUUGUUUAAAUGGACUAGAAAGCUAAAUUUGUGCAGGGAUUGUUUUGAAACAAAUAAAAAUGGUAAUAUGCUAAUCCACAGAGCAGCUUUGUUGACAGUACCCCUUUAUUUUUAUAUAAAGUCUAAUAUUUGAAAUGUAGUUAUUGUUACAAAGUAAAAUUCUUUCUUCCUAUUCUCAUAUUAUAUCAUAUAUUUUAAGGUUCUAUUUGAAAACUACUACAAAAAUGAAACCAUAAUAAAAUCCUAUAGAUACUGGUUUUGCUUGAAUGACUUAUAAAUCACUGUUUUAUGAUAACUGCUUUUGGAAUAAUAGAAAGUUUUGUGAAAUGUUGACCUAGUGUAUAUCCUGAGAUUGUGAAUUUAAUAAAGUAUAUAUACGUGUAUAAAAAGAUGGAA